ACAUGAAUACAUUCAAAACGUGUCACGUGCUGAUGCUGCAGCAUCUCUGGACCGCUCCUCUCGUGCUGCCUUCACGUGCACUCGGAUAUCUGAUUUAUUAACCUCCUUUUGUCAGAAAAGGGCCACAGCAAUAAUAAUAAACAUAAUAAUAAUAAUGACGGAACACGGGAUUAUUAUGGUGUAUCACAUUCAUAGUGCGCAGCAUUAAAUACGCGGGAUAAUUGUAAUAAUAUAUAUUUUUUUAAAUGAGGAGUAACUGUAGUUUUCAUAUUUCCGACAAACUUAAACGCAGCAGCGCUGACAGAGCUGACAGAGCAGCGGACACGGACUCAUCACUGCGGUCAGUCUGCGCGAGGAUUCUCUGGUCAGUGUCGGUAGAUCCUCGGUCAGUGUCGGUAGAUCCUCGGUCAGUGUCGGUAGAUCCUCGGUCAGUGUCGGUAGGUCCUCGGUCAGUGUCGGUAGAUCCUCGGUCAGUGUCGGUAGAUCCUCGGUCAGUGUCGGUAGGUCCUCGGUCAGUGUCGGUAGAUCCUCGGUCAGUGUCGGUAGGUCCUCGGUCAGUGUCGGUAGAUCCUCGGUAUGAACACGGAGGAGACGAACGUGGACGCUCUCACUGCAGAUGAGAAGCCGAAGGACGCGCCUCCUCCUGCGGCUUCAGCGGACGCAGACGCAACGGAGGCCGAUGUGAGCGAGGCGGACCUGGACCUGGAAGAGCAAGAGAAGCUGCCGAUGACCGGAGGAGGAGAUGGUGGAGGAGGGGGAGGAGAUGGAGAUGGAGGAAGAAGAGGGGGAGGAGGAGGAGGAGAAGGGGAGCGGCCCGAGGAUGCUGUCAACGCCGGAGGAGAUGCAGUGGCGGAGAAGAACGGCUCCGUGAAGCUGAAGAUUCCAGAGGAGGAGGAGGAGGCGGAGGAGGCGAAGUUCACUGGUCUGAGCAAAGAGGAGCUGCUGCGGGUGGCGGGAACCCCGGGCUGGGUCAGGACCCGCUGGACGCUGCUGCUCGUGUUUUGGCUCGGUUGGUUGGGGAUGUUGGCCGGAGCUGUCCUCAUCGUCCUGAAGGCGCCGCGAUGUCGAGAUCUGCCCCAAACCAACUGGUGGAACCAUGGUCUGGUUUACCAGGUCCCUGAUGUCCACGCCUUCAGCCACGCCCACAACCUGAAGGGUGUGGAGCAGAAGGUGCACGCCCUCUCUGAGCUGAAGGUCAAAGGUGUGGUGGUCGGGCCGCUCCACGUGGCUCCGCCCGACGACGCCGUGGCGCUGAGGUUCGAGGAAGUUUCUCCUGACGUGGGAAACCUGGAGCAGUUCAGGAGUCUCAUCCAGGCCGCGCACAGGAAAGGUAUUUCUGUGGUUCUGGAUCUGACUCCAAACUAUCAGGGAUCAUCUGGACCCUGGUUCUCCAACAUCAGUGUGACCAGCGUGGCAGAGAGACUGAAGUCGGCUCUUGUCUUCUGGCUGAAUGAAGGUGUGGACGGCGUCCAGCUGGAGGGGGUGGAGCAUGUGUCCACCGCGGUGCCGUCUCUGUGGACGGACAUCAAAGCCAUCAUCCAGAACGAGACAGAGCAGCGUCCCAACAAAAGAGUUCUGAUCGGGAUCACGGACCGGUCCUCGGCUGACGACGUGUCCUUCGUCCUCUCCUCCACCGGCGUCGACCUCCUCAUCUCUGGCGUCCUUCGGCCCGGAGACUCGGACGCCGCAGAUCGCGCUCGGUCCAUCCAGCGACUGUAUUCGUCCCACGACCAGACCAAGCUCGCCUGGAGCCUGGGAGGACGGACCGAGGGACACCUGGCGUCGCUGGUGGGCCCGGCUCUGGUCAGACUACACCAGCUGCUGCUGCUCACGCUGCCGGGGACGCCCGUCUUCAACUACGGAGACGAGAUCGGUCUGAUGGACGAGGACACAAAGUUUCCCAGGAUGCUUUGGGAUGUUGACGAGUGGCUGAACGGCACUGAUAAGGAGCAGAGGGACGAGCGUUUCUCCUGUCGACGCUUUUUCCGCAGCUUGAGCGACCUGCGUGGUAAAGAGCGCUCCCUGCUGUUUGGUGACUUCGUCCUCCUCUCUAACUCCUCCUCCUCGCUGGCGUAUCUACGCGUCUGGGAUCAGAGUCCACGUUUCCUGGCUGCCUUCAACUGGGCGGAGGAGGAGGCGGUGCUGCAGCUGCGUGAUGCGACGCUGCCCCCGCAGGCCGUGGUGGUGCUGAGCACCAACAGCAGCGUCCUGCCCGCAGACAGCAGAGUGGACCUGGACGACCUGCGACUGGGCCCCGGGCAGGCUGCGCUCCUCAGGUUCCUCCACACUGGAUAAAAGAAGCUUACAGAUUAAAAUUCUGUUCUCACUUAUUUGUUCUAGAAGGAAUUAGGAUUUGAAGCCUCAGUCAGACUGGAUUUGAAUGACAGAGGGGCGGAGUCAGAAUUCAGCUGCUGAUUGCAGUGAAUUUGGUGUUGAUUGACUUUAAUCAGAGUUAAUUAGAUUAUAGAGAAAAUAUUGGAUGUGUGAAGGGCAGUAACACGGCCCCGCCCAUGACCCCGCCCCCUGCACAGACACUAAUCCAGUCCACUGUGGGCUUUAAUCAGACGUUUGUCCCUCGUCGUCUUUUGUUUGUUGUACUUCCUGUGAAAAGUGAAUAAAAAUGAACAGAAGACAUUGCA